AUGAUCUUUAUAUUUAAAGAGCUAGCUCAUGCAUAUGAGGUCCUUAGUGAUCCUGAAAAACGGGAGAUCUAUGACCAAUAUGGUGAGGAUGCACUUAAGGAAGGAAUGGGUGGAGGUGGCAGCAUGCACGAUCCAUUCGACAUCUUCCGGUCCUUUUUUGGAGGAAGUCCAUUUGGUGGUGGUGGUAGUAGCCGAGGAAGAAGGCAAAGGCCGGGAGAGGAUGUAGUUCAUCCUCUGAAGGUAUCACUUGAAGAUCUCUUUACUGGGACGACAAAGAAGCUCUCCCUCUCUCGUAAUGUAAUAUGUUUGAAGUGUACUGGCAAAGUAUCAAAAUCUGGAGUUUCCAUGAAGUGUUCUGGAUGUCAAGGUACUGGUAUGAAGGUGUCUAUUAUUAGACAUCUGGGCCCCUCAAUGAGACAGCAAAUGCAGCACCCUUGCAAUGAAUGCAAAGGGACUGGAGAGACAAUUAAUGACAAAUAUCGGUGCCCUCAAUGCAAAGGUGAGAAGGUUGUGCAGGAGAAGAAGGUCUUAGAGGUUGUUGUGGAGAAGGGCAUGCAACAUGGACAGAAAAUUACUUUCCCUGGAGAGGCUGAUGAAGCUCCUGAUACUGUCACCGGAGAUAUCGUCUUUGUCCUGGAGCAGAAAGAUCGUCCUAAAUUCAAGAGAAAGGGCGAAGAUCUCUUUUAUGAGCAUACUCUGAGCCUGACUAAAGCUCUUUGUGGCUUUAGAUUUGUGCUGACCCACCUUGAUGGAAGGCAACUUCUUAUCAAAUAUUCAAAUCAAUUCAAGGCAAUUGAUGAUGAGGGUAUGUCAAUUUACCAGAGGCCAUUCAUGAAGGGCAAGAUGUACAUCUAUUUCACAGUGGAGUUCGCCGAUUCUUUUAACCCUGAUCAGGUUAAAGCAUUGGAAGCGAUCCUUCCACCUAAGCCAUCGAUGGCUCUCACUGUAGUUUUCUCCUUUGUACCGUGGGUGGAGUUUGAGGUUGAAUUCUGUUGAGUAUUUGUGUGAUAAAUGAAGAAUUUGGAGGAACCCCUCAGAUUUGAUAAUCUGUUGAGCAGGUGCAUCACAUCAAACAGAUGUAAGUCAGUGAGCUUCGAGCUUUUUCAUAAUCUUAUAUCAUAUGAUGAUAUGAAUGUUUUUGGGGAGAUUUCCUCAUUUGAUUUGUCUUUUGAGAUAUUGCAGAACAAUCUAAGCUCUUUCUCUGAAAGUUAUAAUAUAAAUUAUACAUCACAUGCUUGCCUAAAGAUAGUUAAUUCCAGUCAAAUCAUACAAGAUAGAAAACAUGAUAACAAAUUGUCGGCAGAGUAAUAGUAUUGAAGAAUUUUAAUUUAGGAUGUGAUAAUUAUAAUUUAAGCAGUUCACAUUUUUAAUUAAUGAACUGUUUUUUGAGCUUACAAAAAAUUAUUGCUAUUAAAUUGAGAAUUGAAGGAAAAAGCUUAAAGUCUCUUCCAUACUUAAGACUGUUGUAGUUGCGAAUUUAAAUACUCUUGUCCAAAAUGCCCAGCUUGUUCAGGGUUAUGCAAUUGUUCUUGUCCCAAAUGCCCAACAUGUUCAGGAUUAUGCAAUUGCUUGUCUUAUUUGCUUUGCAUGUUAAGAAAUUCGCAAAUCUUGUUUCAGUUGCUUUACGUGAGAUUAUGAGAUGAGAGCUUCUCUGGCUCUCAAUUUAAAUGACCUUUUGGUGCUUCUCGAGGAGAAUCAUGAGUGCUCUUUCCAUAAUCGUCAGAACAAUGUCAAUUUUAACGACCUUUUGGUUCUAUCAGGUUUGUUUGUGUUGAUUUAGUUUUUUCACCUUUGUUUUUUUUAUUAUUUCUUUUUGAUUAUUUGUGUUACACAGUUAGUUAUACAUGUUUUUUAUCUGAUUGAUGAUUGUCUAAGGUGUUUGCGGUGGAAUAAAAACAUGGGUUAAUGUAAUUAUUUCUACGGAGCUUCCAUAUAUCUUAUAUUCUAUUGGUCUAGGCUUUCAGCUGUUACCUUGUUCUUAGUGAAGUUGGCAAACCAUCACUACAUUUCAAGAGACGGUUGCAGUCAACUGACAUUUUUGUGGAGCGGAAAAUUAUUCUAGAAGCUUCUGAUGGCCUAUAAAAGGCUCAAGUAUAUUCAUCUUCUCUGUUUUUCUACCCUAAAAUGGCCAUCGACAAUAAUUAUGACAGUAGUUUGUCAAUAUAAUUAGCCCUUGAAAAAUUACUGUUAUAUGCCUUGUCAUAUUGUUACUGGAAAGGUUAUAUUGAUAUUAACCUUAUAUGUUUUAGUUACUUUUUUGGGUUAGUUGAGUUUUGAUUUGUUUAAAAGAAUAAUUUAGAAUUUUGGGUUCAGAUUUUAGUACGAUAAGGGGUGUUAAGCAGCAAUGGUGAAGUCGGGGUCUCUGUCUUUCACCUUUUAGGGUUUAGGGUAUAGUAAGAUCAAGGGUUUAUGAUGGGUUUUGUUUUGGGUUUGUAGCUUGAAGACAAGGAGAUGCUUCUGCCCCAUUCUAAGGUUGAGUAUUACUUCUAUUACCACAAGAGGUCGGGUUUGGUUGGGUAGGCUAACUGGUUGUGGCUGGGAAGCUUGACAGAAGAUGGGUUUCUAAUAAGGAGAACUUGGAUUAGUAGCUACUUUGAUAUUAUAGGUUCGUGUCUGUUAUUUGUCUAUUUGCUCAUGGAUCAUGAUUACUUGGGGAUGCUUUUGAUAUUAUAGGUUCUUGUUUAUUAUUGGAGAUGCUUUUGUGUUGAUAAGCUAAGCUCCUUUUAUUUGCAUCUCUUUGAUAUUUGCAGUUUGCCUUGCAUUAUUCAUGGUCGACUAAGUUGGGUGUAUAGUGAGAUUUGUCAAAUAUUUGAGCAUUGCUUCGACCAAGUGGCAUCUUAAUUUGAACAAUGCCUGAAGCCAAUGCUACUGUCUAGAAGUUCAGAGAAGCUUUCCUAUGUGUGUUAUUAAUUUUUACAUUACCGGAAUUCAGACCUUAAAGAAAAUCAGGAAUGUUUGGCUUGUAACACAGGAAUUUCUUAUGUAUGUUUAUAUUAAUUAUGCAAAGCCAAACCACUGGAUUCCUUUCA